AUGGAUCCUGCAGUACUAGGAGAAGACAGUCACAUACUCGCCGUUGCGGGGGAGGAGGAUGACGGCGUCGGCCUGGUCCAUAAAAUGUAUGAGCAGAUGAGAGAGAUCCCAGUGUUACCACCCGCCGUGGGUAAAAACCAUUGCAUCUUCAAGCUUCCCCCAAGCUUCAAGAGUGGAAUCGAUAAGUCGUACAAGGAGCCCCAGAAGAUCUCCAUCGGGCCCUACCACAAAAUUGAUAAUCAAAUCAAUAUCAAGUGGCAGUGCCUCGAAUACUUGCUACAGAAGAACGAGCCAAACUUAAAGCGCUACAUAGAGAGCUUACGUCCACUUGAACAACAAAUCAGAGAGUGUUAUUCCGAAGAGAUCGACCUCAGUACUGACGAUUUCCUCCAAAUGAUGGUUCUUGAUGGUUGUUUUAUAUUAGAAUGGCUUUGCUUCACUUGCACAGUUGGAAGGCAUAUGGAGGACGUCAGUGACAGGCACCCUCUCGCCCAGAUUGACAGGGUAAUAUUACUGAAGAUCUAUCCCGUCGACCUGCUCCUGCUGGAGAAUCAGAUCCCGUUUUUUGUUCCAGAAAAGUUAUUUGAAGUUUCCAAAAUGACUUUGAAGGGUAUUGAUCUAUCCUUGUCCAGUAUCGGUGCAGAAGUUUUUUCAGCGAUACUGGGAAUUCAACCCUCCGAAGAACAUCACUCUAGGUUCCGCGAGGUCAAAUAUUGCUUGCAUUUGGUUGACAUUGUUCGGUCAAUUUUUGUCCCACAUGAUGUAUUGAUGUAUCCUGAUUUUCCAUAUCCAUCGCAACCAGAGUUCCGGCGCACAACAUUCGAUAUUAUCCCCCGCAUGUCGAAGCUCCGCCGUGCAGGGAUCAACGUCAGUCCACGUAAAAAGGACAGCUUAUUGAUGGUUGAAUUCCGUGACGGUGUGAUUGAGAUGCCUAAAAUAAUUCUCAAUGAUUUAAUGUGCUCUUUCUUGAUCAACUGUGUGGCAUUCGAGCAACGCCACAACAACCGUUCUCUGGACUUAUCGGUCUACGCCCUUUUCUUGAGCUGCCUUGUGAAGAACGCCGAGGACGUCGAGUACCUUUGCGAGCACAGAGUCAUGGACAAUUACAUUGAGACCGACUCUACUAGCUUCAUCGAAAAUUUGGGCAAGGGCAUUGCGACCGACCCUGGUAGCUUCAUCAACAAUUUGGACAAGCAUGAGGGCUUUCUUGAGGGUAAAUUAUACUUCUUCUCUUUGUGCUCCCGUGUCAACCUGUAUUAUCAAAAUAGGUUCCAUUGGCAAUGGACGAACUUCAAGGCUGAGUAUUUUGACAAGCCAUGGACGUGGAUUUCUGUAUUCGCUGCCCUUGUGCUCUUUGUGCUUUCGUUUUUGCAGACCUACUACACCAUGCAUCCUAGACGCUAA